AUGAAGCCACCUUCCUAUCAUGAAGUUAGAGUGCCAUAUCUUAAGAAGGAGGUUGAGCAUGUUAAGGAGUUGUUCAAGCCACAUGAGGAGACGUGCAAUAAAUAUGGUUGUUCUUUGAUGAUGGACAAGUGGACAGAUAGAAGAGGUCGUGCAUUUAUUAAUGUCCUAGUUAAUUGUUCACUUGGAUCGUAUUUCCUUGAGUCGGUAGAUGUUAGCAAGGACACGAUGGAUGCUAACAAAAUGCUAGAGUUUGAAACUUUUGUCAAUCAAGUGGGGAAGGAUAAUGUUGUGCAAGUCAUAUCUGACAAUGCUUCAGAGAAUGUGCGAGCUGGCAAGGAUUUAAUGGAGUUGUUCCCGAGUUUGUAUUGGACGCCAUGCGCUGCUCAUUGCAUCAAUUUGAUGUUCAAAGACAUCUUUGAGAUUCGUCAUUUUUCAAUGGCAUACAAGCGUGCUUUGAAACUGUCGGUGUACAUCCAUUCGAAGACAAAGCUGUUGAAUUGGUUGAGAAAGUAUACCGAAAAGCGUGAUUUGGUCAAGUUUGCUAAGACUCGAUUUGCUACAGCAUUCUUGACCUUCAAGAGGUUUCACGAGCAGAAGAACAAUUUGAGAAAAUUGUUCAAGUCAGAAGAAUUUGUCACUUACUCUUACUUCAAAGAAGAGGCAGGAAAAGAGUGUUCUAGAAUUGUUCAAAUGCCAAACUUUUGGAAUACAAUUCUAGAAACACUUAAAAUAGGUGGUCCAUUGAUUAGAACACUUCGGUUAGUUGAUGGGGAUGUUAAGCCAUCAAUGGGCUAUAUUUAUCCUGCAAUGGAGAUCACAAAGCAAGCAAUUGAAAAGGUUUUCAACAACUCUAGCAAGUACAAGAAAGUAUUUGAAAUCAUACACAAAAGGUGGAGUUCCCAGCUUCGUCAACCAUUGCAUGCAGCUGCCUACUACUUGAAUCCUAAUUACUUUCGGUAUAGGAGUGAGACACUGAUUGCUCCAUCAGUUCACUCGGGAGAAGUUGUUAAUGGCUUUUAUGAAUGUUUAGAGAGGUUGGUUCCAGAUAUUGAUCUGCAUGAGAAAAUUAUCGAGGAAGUGACUACGUGGGAAGUUGGGACUGCUUAUUUGGCUUGGCAGUUGCUAAGAAGAAACUCGAUUCUAAAGCUCUAG